AUGUCGAAUUCUGUUCAUAAUUUAAUAAAUAUUACAUUUUCUUCAUUAUCGUUUGAACAAAAACUAAACAUAAAAAACGAUGGCGGGCCUUUACCGGAAUUAAAAGAUUUAAUGACUAAAUAUAAAAAAGGAAAAAAAGAAUAUUUUCGGAAUUGUAAUCCAGCAUUAUAUCUCAAAAAUGAAUGGUUAUGUGGAUGUGAAAUAAAUCAAGCUCUUUUCUGUUUUCCUUGUUUACUUUUUGGUGGUGAAACCGCUUGGACUAAAACAGGAGUCACUGAUUUGCAACAUCUUAAUGCAAAAAUUGUUAAGCAUGAAAAUUCAUUCAAACAUAUUCACAAUGCGACAAACUUGAAUUUGUUAGGAAAGUUGAUAAAAGACAUCAAAUUGAUAUUGGUUAUAAAAUAG